GGAGGGACAUUCUUUCUGUUCAGAUGUCUGGCUGACGUCUGAUGCUUAAAACGGAGCAUGCUUUCAUCCCUCCAUGCAUUGUCGCAAGCUCCCGGUGCUUACUCUUAAAAGGGUGCCUCAGCUACGCAGGGAAACAGUUGCUGACCAAACGGGACGUGGUGUGCUCGAUCCAGCCCUUGUGAAUGCCUGAUCCUUCCAGUUCCGUACCAGCCUGACCCAACGGGACCAUGUCUACCUUUGGCUACAGAAGAGAGCUUAGCAAAUAUGAGGACAUUGAUGAGGAUGAGCUCCUCGCUUCUCUCACAGAAGAGGAGCUGAAGGAGCUGGAGCGGGAACUGGAGGACAUCGAGCCCGACCGCAACCUCCCAGUAGGACAACGGCAAAAGAGUCUGACAGAGAAAACACCCACGGGGACUUUCAGCAGGGAAGCGCUGAUGGCCUACUGGGAGCAGGAGACCAGAAAGCUCUUGGAAAAAGAGAGACUGGGCGCGUGUGAGAAGAAUUCAGAGCAAGAAGAAGACAAUUCAGAAGACAUUCAAGAAGAAUGUUUCACAGAAAGCAAUAGUGAAGUAUCUGAGGAGGCAUAUACUGAAGAGGAUGAUGAAGAGGAAGAAGAAGAGGAGGAGGAAGAGGAAGAUGAAGAUGACAGUGAUGACGAGGAUGAGAAAAAGCAAAAUUCUGCGGCUAGUGAAAGACCUGUGAAUUGUGAGGAUGGCAGGAGUUCUGACCACAUCAGACACAAGAAGUGUAGCAAUACGAAGAACAGUGAAAACUUGUCCAAUGGCCAUGAUGACACUGAAAAUCUGAGCUUUAAAAGCAGUGCCAUCCACCCGUGUGGAAAUCCAACAGUUAUUGAGGAUGCUCUGGAAAAAGUUCGGAGCAAUGACCCUGAGACCACAGAGGUUAAUCUAAAUAACAUUGAAAAUAUUACUUCACAGAUGCUUAUACAUUUCUCCCAAGCCCUGAGGGACAACACUGUAGUUAAGUCAUUCAGCUUGGCUAACACACAUGCUGAUGACAACGUCGCAAUAGCCAUUGCUGGUAUGUUAAAAGUAAAUCAACAUAUCACUAGUCUGAAUAUUGAGUCGAAUUUUAUCACAGGCAAAGGAGUACUGGCCAUCAUGAGAGCUCUGCAGCAUAACAAGGUUCUAACGGAGUUACGGUUCCACAACCAAAGGCAUAUCAUGGGCAGUCAGGUGGAAAUGGACAUAGUUAAACUGUUAAAAGAGAACACUACUCUGGUCAAACUGGGGUACCACUUUGACCUUGCUGGCCCAAGAAUGAGCAUGACAAGUAUCCUGACAAGAAAUAUGGAUAAACAAAGGCAAAAGCGCAUGCAGGAGCAACGGCAACAAGAGUAUGGUUGUGAUGGAGCUAUCAACCCAAAGACCAAAGUCUUGCAGAAAGGCACUCCUCGUUCCUCACCAUACACGUCACCUAAGAGCUCACCUUGGUCCUCUCCAAAGCUCCCUAGGAAAUCAGCACCAGCAAAAAGUCAGCCUCCAGCUCCCGCACUGCCUCCACCCCCACCUCCACCCCCACCCCCUCCUCCUCCCCCUCCCGUUAUUCCAGACAAGAAAGCACCGACCAGGAACAUAGCUGAGGUUAUCAAACAGCAAGAACGUUCAAAAAAAGCUUUACAGAAUGGACAGAAAAAGAAAAAAGGCAAAAAAAGCAAAAAACAUGAGAACAGUAUAUUGAAAGAAAUUAAAGAUUCUCUAAAAUCCGUCUCAGACAGAAAAUCGGAAGAAGGUUCACAGCCCUCCACCCGACCCUCCACCCCACAAAGGUCCCUCCAUGACAACCUUAUGGAAGCAAUUCGAGCCAGCAGCAUAAAACAACUAAGGCGGGUGGAGGUACCAGAAGCCCUUCGGUGAAAGCCUGGAUGAAGGAAGAAGCAGAGCACUGCAGUGGCCAAGGGAAGGCUGUUGGGCUGUUCACCGGUGGUAAAAUAGACUGUGUAGCAAGCUGCUUCUAAAGUGCUCUCUUAGAUUCAAACAAUUUAUCUUUUCCUUUCAAAGAAAUAAACCCACUAACUACUAAACAAUGCUUUAAAGAUACAUUUAAUCUGUAAAUAUGGAAAUAAUUUUUUAUUUAAUGAGAUUUCUAUUGGGAAAUUGCUGCUUAUUUAGAUAUUCUUUUCAAUAUCUGAUUGCAAAUGAUUCUUCACAAUGAAAUGUAAUAGUUUACCAAUCUCUGGUUUCUUCCUCCUUUUUUUCUUUCUUUUUUUUUUUCCAUGAAUUUACAAUAAAUGCA